AGUUUGUAUUUUUGACGACACAAUGUCAAUGCUGAAAUGUAGAAAUGACGCGAUAUUUGCAACGAUUUUGCUAUAAAAGAUUUUCCAUUGUCAUGCAUUCAAAAAAAGGCAUCACUCCAAGGAUAUAUGCAUUAAUCUUUCUGUAAAUUUGUUGAUAAGCAAUGUGUGUUGUUUGAGUGGAUUUGCAAUGCGUUUGAUUUCAUCGUGAAAUCCAUGUUAUCAAACUGUCAAAAAAAUCAUAUGACGGCUCUCAUUCGUAUAAAUCAACGAAAUUACAUGACAUUUCAGAUACAAAAAUACUGCAGCACACAGAAUCUUACAGGUCGCUUGAGAGCGCGGACAAAAAGAAAAGCAAAAAAAAAUAUUCGUCGUAGAUCGAUCAUUAAAUCAGUUUCUCUUCAUGUCACAAUCAAAUUAUUGUCGACGACAAACUCACUGUUUGUGUGUGCGUAGCUUUUGUUGUGGUUUUUCAUUUUCCAUCUUUAAAACACUUAAAACUGAUAAGCGGGUUGUUUUGGUUUUAUCAACAACGAGUGUACAAGAUCAGCAGUCAACCGAUUUUGUGUCUAUAUGUGCCGUGCGUAUCGGAUUCGGUGGAGUGAAGAAACAAAGUGGUAGCCAUGCCAGAUAUCAAAGUGACACCGCUUGGAGCCGGCCAAGAUGUCGGUCGCAGUUGUUUGCUGCUAUCAAUGGGUGGCAAAAAUAUUAUGCUCGAUUGUGGCAUGCACAUGGGCUACAAUGAUGAACGACGUUUUCCCGAUUUUUCCUACAUUGUGCCCGAGGGUCCAAUCACCGGCAGUAUUGAUUGUGUCAUUAUUUCACAUUUCCAUUUAGAUCAUUGUGGUGCGUUGCCAUACAUGUCGGAAAUGAUUGGUUACACUGGCCCCAUUUAUAUGACACAUCCAACAAAGGCCAUCGCACCCAUUCUGCUGGAAGACAUGCGGAAAAUUGCCGUCGAACGCAAAGGUGAAUCAAAUUUUUUUACCACACAAAUGAUUAAGGACUGUAUGAAAAAGGUGAUCGCCGUCACACUGCAUCAAAGUGUUAUGGUCGACAAUGAGAUUGAGAUUAAGGCAUACUACGCUGGUCAUGUGCUUGGUGCGGCUAUGUUUUGGAUACGUGUCGGUACACAGUCGGUGGUGUAUACAGGUGAUUAUAAUAUGACACCAGAUCGUCAUUUGGGAGCGGCGUGGAUUGAUAAAUGCAAACCGGAUCUAUUGAUCACCGAAAGUACAUACGCAACCACGAUUCGGGACUCGAAACGAUGUCGAGAACGCGAUUUCCUGAAGAAAGUACACGAAUGUGUGGCCAAAGGUGGUAAAGUAUUGAUUCCGGUAUUUGCACUGGGUCGAGCACAAGAACUGUGCAUUUUACUGGAAACAUACUGGGAGCGCAUGAAUCUCAAGUAUCCAAUUUACUUUGCCGUUGGACUGACGGAAAAGGCAAACAAUUACUACAAAAUGUUUAUCACAUGGACAAAUCAGAAGAUCCGUAAAACAUUCGUGCAUCGCAACAUGUUCGAUUUCAAGCACAUUAAACCGUUUGACAAAGGCUACAUCGAUAAUCCUGGUGCGAUGGUGGUGUUUGCAACGCCUGGUAUGCUGCACGCCGGUUUAUCGUUGCAAAUCUUCAAGAAAUGGGCGCCACACGAACAAAACAUGGUCAUCAUGCCCGGCUACUGUGUUCAGGGAACGGUUGGCCAUAAAAUUUUGAACGGUGCCAAGAAAGUGGAAUUCGAAAAUCGGCAAAUGGUCGAAGUUAAAAUGUCGGUGGAGUAUAUGAGCUUCAGUGCGCAUGCCGAUGCCAAGGGAAUUAUGCAGCUGAUCCAGUAUUGUGAACCGAAAAAUGUAAUGCUCGUCCAUGGUGAAGCGGCCAAAAUGGAAUUCCUUACGAAAAAGAUAAAAGAAGAAUUUUCAGUCGAUUGUUUUAUGCCAGCAAAUGGUGAAACGUGCCGAAUCAAUACACCCGUCAAAAUUCCAGUCGAUGCGUCACUUUCAUUGCUGAAAGCCGAAGCUCGUGCAUACAACGCUCAACCGCCCGAUCCAAAACGAAGUCGAUUGCUUCACGGUGUUUUGGUAAUGAAAGACAAUCGUGUCUCGCUCAUGGAACUCAACGAAGUAUGCAAAGAGGUUGGCCUAAACAGACACAUAUUCCGAUUCACGUCAAAGAUUAAAAUCGACGAUCCGGGACCAUCGACACGCACCAGUGAAAAGUUAUACGCACUACUACAGGAGAAACUGACCGGAUGGACCGUAACAAUGUCGGAUAAGUGCGAAAUAGCGGUUGCGUCCGUACAACUUGUCGUCGAAUCUGAUUCAAAAGGAGUUCACAAAAAUAUUCUACUCUCGUGGAACAAUCAGGACGAAGACUUGGGCUCAUACGUUCUCGGUUUAUUACAAAAUAUGGGCUGAAUCUAUAGUCUAGGCACUCCGUCCGUCCGUUCAUGCAUUUAAUUUUCUUUUCUUUUGAUCAUCUCUUCUUCUUCUUUUUUUGAGAGAGGGGAAAACCCGUCUUUUUUCGUCAGCAUACACAAUUUUUGAUUUAACUACUUGUUAUACAUGAAUGAAAUUUAAAUAAAUGAAAUUAAAGCGAAGAUACGCAUAAUUAAAACGAUAAA